AUGAUAGCAUCAUGUACAGGUUGUUAUAACAUCAUUUCUCUGAAUCUGAGAAUCCUUGAUCUGGAAAAAGAGAAUUACCAAAAGAGCAUAGAUUUUACAAUUUUUCCAUGGCCCACCGUCGGCCAACCCUCAAAUCUUCCUUUUCGUCUUUAUCUCAUCUUCUUCGACUUGCAUCAGCAGCGACGUAAACGACAAGUUUGGGAACAGGUUGAGCUCCGACGUCCGUUGAUUUUCCGGCGCCACCGCGGUAUCUCUGAAGGAAGUUGGAAAGAGAGAGGGGUCAACAUGGUGGAGGAGCCAUUCGAUGGUUUGGCCGUCGGAGCGGUGGCCGAGUUCCCGGGUGAGUUGGAAGAUGCGAGCGGCGCAGAGCGCGGGAACUCUGACUCUGAGACCUCUUCCGUUUACCUUGGUGUGUCGGUUCUUCUUCCUUGCGGCGGCGGAGGUUGUCGGAGUUGGAUUUGGUGGACCGAGUUGAAGAGGAUUGCUGGUGGAUGGUUGAAGAUGGUCCAUUCUCUACUCUCUAGUCUCUAG